AUGGAAAGUGUAAAGCAAUUUAGAAGUUUGGAUAGCUAUAAAUUCAAAGAUCUGCUGAUAUGUUUUAAUAGUUUGAUAAUAUUUGCAUAAAUUAUUGAAAAUUUAAUUAAAAGCAGAGGACCAUUUAUAAUGAUUUCUCUGAUAUUUUUGUUGGUGAUGAUAAUAUAUUAGGUAUUAUCCUAUUACUUUAGUUCAAUGAGAACAUAGCUCAUUAUAUAUUGUUAAUAUUUUAUAGUGACAUUAUUCUCUGUGGAAUUACAAAUUGAUACCGAGUUUUUAAUUUUCUAAUAAUUGGCAAUAUUCGAUACUGUGUUUUUCAAUAGAAAUGAAAAAAAAAAAAUAGUGUAAUAUAUGUUGUUUUUGGGAGCAAUGGUUAUUAAUACUUAUGUAUUUGUUCGAGUUGGAUUUCAUAAUUAAGAAAUUACUGAUUUAAUAAAAGCCUUAUGUUCAUCGAUCUUACUGAAAUUAUUAUUGUAUCACUUUAGAUAAGAACAUGAAAAGGAAUGUAAUUAAUUAAAGGAAGCUCAGAAAUUAAAUAAUUAAGAAAUGGAACCAUCAGUCCCUCGAAGCAUCAACUUCGAAUACGAGGCUUAGGAUUCCCAGAAGCUUUUCAAGACAUUUGAUGUAUUACCUGAAGGAAUAAUAAUUCUUGAAAAAAAUACAAAGGAGGAUUUUACAAUUAAAUAUUCAAAUUCUGCAGCCAAAUACCUAGUAGAUUCUGAUGAUCAUGAUCAAAUGUUAUAAGAACUAUUUGAUUUAAAAAGUGCCUCUCAAAAACAGAAAAGCGAAGAACAUCUCUACAAGUACUCAUUCAGCAUUUAAUCCCAGUAGAGUGUGAGAAGAAAUAGUUUUAAGAUAAUACCUAAAUAAUAGUCAUAUUGUAAGUCAGCUUUUAAGAUGUCUUAAUAAUUCAUUUUGGAGAAUCAAUCAAGCUCUUAAAAACAAGAAUUUUUGCUAUAACAGCCUCAAUCAAAUCAUGACUUUUGUCUGCAAUUUCCUCAGGUGUAAAUAGUAUUUCCAAGUGCUUAAGCAAAAAACGACAAUUUGAAUCAUUCCAAUUCUCCUUCAAUUAAUUAUGCAACUUCACAUAAAAAAUCCUUAGAGGAUGCCGACUCCUUUCAUUAUCUCUUGGGAUAGAUUUGGCAAUAAUUGCACACAUUGGUUAGGGAAAAGGUCGUGAAUUACUAAAAUUAACCCCUCUAUUAUAUUCAUGAAAGUAAUGCAUUUGUAACCAACAUCAAAAAAUAAUAGAAAAAACAAUGCUUGGACCUAAAAGUCUUUAGUGCUUUGCAUUACAAUAAGCCUAUGUUGGUAAUAAUCCUCAGAGACGUGAAUCAUAAGGAUUAUAUUAAAGUAUUAAAAGAUUACAAUUCACAAAAAUCGAAGACACUAUCUUUUGUAAGUCAUGAAUUUAGAACUCCCUUAACCUGUAUAAUUUAAAUGCUUGAAGAAGUAAUAGAAAAUAAAGCCAGUUUAAAUUUGGGUGAAUAAUAACUCAUAUAAUCAGCUUUAGAUAACUCUAAAUAUAUUCUUAAUCUCUCAAAUGAUUUAUUAGAUUUGGCAUAGAUUCGAGCAGGCAAGUUUAAGAUUCGGAAUGGCCUUUUUGAUUUAAAGUCACUUCUCAGAGAUUGUCUUAAUAUGUUUGAAAUAUAAGCUAUGAAGAAGAAUAUUUAAUUGAAUUACUAUUAUGAUAAGUCAUUGACAACAGAUAUUUGGAGUGAUUUAAAUAGAAUAAGAUAAAUAACAAUAAAUUUGAUAGGGAACGCCUUAAAAUUCACUUUGGAAGGUUCAAUAACACUGAGAGCCUACUUGGAUGCACCUAAUGAAAUUUGCAUAGAAGUCAAAGACACUGGUGUGGGGAUGAGAGAAGAAGACUAACCUAAGUUAUUCAAAGCAUUUGCUAAGAUUGAAAAUAAAGAGACAAGUUAAAUGAAUGCUUAGGGUGUGGGAUUAGGAUUGUUGAUAAGUAAUUCAAUAGCGACUUAAUUGAAUUCUGAAUAGCGAGGUUUAGGCUUUAGAUCAGUAUAUUAAGAAGGAACAACAUUUUGUUUUUUGGUGACUAACAACAAAUAAACUUAUACAAAUGAGAUAGAAAAUUAUGAAGAUUCUAAAAAAGAAAUAGAUGUAGAUUUGGAAACUAAAUUAAAUGAUUUUAGAAGAUAAUCAAUGACUGAAAAAAAGUUUAUUCUUUAAAAGAAUUUCUGUUCUUGUCCUUAAAUAUUAUUGGUAGAAGACAAUCAUUUUAAUGUUGAUUCAUUUUUACUCAGAUUCAAUCGAACUUUUCAAAAUUUAAUUAAAAUAGAUUAUACAAUCUCUGGGUAAUUGGCUGAAUAAAAAGUAUAAUAACGAUUUUCAAAAUAAUUGCAUAUAUGUCAUCCUUAUAAAUUAAUAUUUAUGGAUGUGGAAUUGCCAAUCUAAAAUGGAAUAGUGACUUCUAAAAACAUUAAGAAUUUUUACAGAACAAUGAAUGUCCCAGUGACAAUAGUUGGAUGCAGUGGAUAUGCUGAAGAAAAGGAGAAAAAAGAAUGUUUAUAAUAUAUGGAUGAUUACAUUGUAAAACCAGCCACUAAAUCUGAAUUGGAAAGAAUAAUGAAUGCUUACUUUUUUAAAUGA